AUUCUAAAUCAAACAAAUAAUGCAGUUAGCUUCGGCUCGUCGAGCAGUCUCGAAUUCUUCUAUUCUGAGGAAAUUCACAAUGGCGUUAGAGCGCAUCCAAAUACUUUUAACCUCACUCCUAGCAGUGCAAACUUUGUUUUCAUGGUGUGGCGCCACAGAAGACUCGAAACAUUGGAGGAUUUUGGGGGAGGAUGAAUUGAAGGAUUCUUUGAAUUAUCGAUGGAACGAAAACGUCGCAAAAAACGUCAUUUUGUUCGUCGGCGAUGGGAUGAGCCCCGACACCAUAACGGCGAGCCGAAUUUAUCGUGGUUACGAAACAAGUUAUUUGGCCUGGGAAAAAUUUCCUCACGUUGGAUUACUCAAGACUUACAAUACCAAUAAACAAGUGCCAGAUUCUGCAUCAACAGCGACCGCCCUGUUCAGUGGCGUAAAAACCAAUUACAAAGUGGCAGGUGUUGACGCCAACGUUCAACUGAACGACUGCGAAGCCAGCCUCGUCGAAAGUCACCGAGUUCAGUCGAUAAUAGCCUGGGCUCAGGAAGCCGGCAAAGAUACAGGUUUCGUAACAACUACGAGAGUAACUCAUGCAACGCCUGCACCCCUUUACGCUCAUACACCGAACAGGGGUUGGGAAUGCGAGGCAAAAAUGCCGAAAAGUGCGAAAAUGUGCAAAGACAUCGCACGUCAACUGGUCGAGGAUUCACCAGGAAAGAAUAUCAAAGUAAUAAUGGGCGGAGGUCGACAAGUUAUGAAAUCAAAUGCAUCAGCAACGCAAUUCGAUCCGAUAGAUUCCUGGGCUUGUUACAGCACCGAUGGCAGAGAUUUGAUUGCCGCUUGGGCGGAAGACAAAUCAGCAAGAAAAAUGUCUCAUCAAGUUGUCCAAAAUAACGAGGAACUGAGUAAAGUUGAUUAUGAAAAGGUUGAAUUUCUUCUAGGCAUCUUUGCCAAUGGACACAUCAAAAUGGACUGGGAGAGAGAAAAGGGCCCGCUGGGUCAGCCAAGUUUGGAGGACAUGACAUUGGCAGCUAUCAAAAUACUGUCAAAGUCGCCCAAAGGCUUUGUUCUUGUGGUCGAAGGUGGCCUCAUAGAUUUUGCCCAUCACCGAGGUCACGCUGCCCAAGCUUUGCGUGAAACUGUUCGAUUGUCCGACGCCAUCAACGCAACGUUGAAUUUCAUCAAUACCAUGGAAACUUUGGUGAUCGUGACCAGUGACCACACGCAUUCGAUGAAUUUCAAUGGUUACCCUGAAAGAGGAAGCUCCAUUCUCGGCAUAGCCCAGUCGUCGAAACACGACGGUAUACCAUUCACGAGUUUGACCUACAGCAUCGGAGGACCAAACAACUUAGCGUACACCAUGAACAAUGGCAAACCAACGAGGAAAGAUCCAUCUCUAGAAAAUACAGCAGAUUAUCGUUACAGUCAGCAAGCCGCUGUUAUAAGUGACGAAGCUCAUCAUGGCGGUGGUGACGUGAUCGUUUAUGCAAAAGGUCCCUGGGCGCAUCUUUUCCACACGACUCACGAGCAGAAUUACGUUGCCUACGUGAUCGGUUACGCUUCAAAAAUUGGGCCUUAUGCAAGUAGCUCGUGUGAUUGGAGGGCGAAACAGAGCACAAUGAUGAUAACAAUAAUCGGUGGAUUCCUCGGGUCGAUAUUUCUAUCGUACCUUGUGUAGCGAAUAAAAUCACAAGGGGGAAAAUACUCGUUGUCCUUCGAUGAAAGAAUCAUAAUUAUAAUGAUCAGUUAAAACGAAGAAAUCGACUUUGUGGAGAAUGCAACGAGCGUGCGGUCUACAAAACGCAUCAAACAUUUUAUCUCUUCUAGUGAAGUAACGUUUUUUUACAAAGGUCCAAAAGGUCCAAAGAAAAGAGUUGAAGGAAGCUGAAAAAAAAACUAUAACGAUCUUGUUCCAGUACAGUAUUAAAUAAUAAAUAAGCAAAAACCAGUCGGAA